AUGGCCAUAGCUCAACUCGUAUACAUUGCUGUUCUACUGGUCUUGGUAUCCGCAAAGUCCAAAGACAAGUGCUUGGCAUCAUUUCCACUUGGUUCACCCAUUCCCGAUAAGGAAUUAAUGACAGCUUUGUAUCUAGCGGACCCGAAUUCGGAGCACCCUGCACAUAACACUCAAAGCUACGCUACGUGGCUAUCUGGAAAACACGACGCUCGAAGAGAAUUUGUCAACCUGUGGUUCUACCUCACGCGGAUGCUCCUAUCCGAAAUUGAUAAAGUCUAUAGGUAUUACAAAGCUGUCAUGCAAAGUGGAUCUAGACCAAUGGGCAUCGUGGAUUUCGAUGCUCUCUCCAAAAGAUUCGCAAAAGCUUGUUUGAAAUGGGACGACGUAACAGACAAAUGGCCAUAUACUUGCUUCGAUAAGGAGUUCUUCUGCAAUUUGCAAUACGGUCUAAUUAAACAGAAAGAAGUGGUGGUGUAUUCGAUCUGGAAGAUCAAAGACGGUCGGUACGCCACAGUGGAAACGCUGGAGAAAUGGUCCAAGAUCUCUAAAAUGUCCAGUCUUGGUAUCGAUGGAUACUCAAGAUCUAAUGCAAUUCAAUAUUACUUUAAAAAUGAUGUUCUGGAGUUCAUUCCCGAAUCCGACCAAAAAAAUGUCUUCUACCAUUCACGACUCGCGUGGGAACCCUUCAAAUACCUGAUAAAUGGACAAAAAUCCUUAAAAGAUUGGAUCAACGACUGGUAUUACGUUGCUUUCGAGGUGGUUGAAUCUAAAGUCAAGGAAGAGUGUAAAGCGAAUUCAGGAAAACCAAUCGGUGACAAAUACUACUGCGUGGCAAAAGACUAUACUGUAAAGAUCAGAAAAUGUGCAGAAUUGACGGACGUCACCCCUUGCUUGUACGACAAAAACAUGCAAGACUAUUUUUCAAGAGGAAGAUUCGGCGAAGAUAACGAACUGGAUAUAAUUAAUUUUUUGGUUGAUAGAACUAAAGCUGUCUUGACGGAGUUCAAGGAUAAAGUCGUAGCUAACGAUCGUAAUGGUCUAAACUCACUUUUCAACAAAUACAAUCCUUACAUUACCGUAGACGACUCCAUGUGCGUAUUGGAGUGGCCCAAAGCGUUCCAGUGUACCAACAACAAGGGAUGUAGAAUAAAACUUAAAGUAUGGGAAUUUGACUGUAAUGGUGGAUACACCUGUAGAAUCAACAUGAUGUAUAGAUUUGACUGUUUGCUGAAGUUCGUUCUGAAAAGGACAAAGCCACUUUUGGACGUUUCAGUAGGGGGCAAUUGGGGUCUUCCUUCGGUUAAAAAGGCUAAAUAUGACUUAAUGAUAUGGCUAUCAUAUAUGCCAAUGGCUCGCUACACUAGUUUAGGCGACAACUACAUCAACGAUGUCAUAAUGUCCACACAAAAAUCUGUGAAUGGAUAUGUAACCAGCUACGACACUAAGGGACUGAAGACUUUUGCCACCAAUUUACCGCCAAUGACGUUUGUUCCCCAAUGGGCAAAGAAUGCCGCAUGUCAAAAAGUGAAAGUACCUAAAGAAAACAUCGCUUUCUGCAACUUGGAUCCUCUUUUAAAUAGCGUUUUCCUCUUUAUCAAUGCCUUUGAAAAUGGAAAGCGCUUAACCACAAAGAAUCUUAACCCUACUGUGGAUUAUCAAAAACUCCUGAGUCAGAUCCAGCUUGACAGAGUCUCGAAUUAUAUAAAUUUAAUGACCCAGUCCCUCUUCAAUGACCUUACAAGUCAACUGAAAGAAAACUUUGGUGCACUGUCCAACUAUUUUUCAUCUCUAGCGGACUACGAUAAAACCAAGGCUGAAGCAGACAUUGGCUACAUUGGUGGCCGACUAACAGUGUUCAAAAUGAAAAUAGAAAGUCUGUCUGUUAAAGUUGUAAAAAAAUUCAAGGUUGUCUUUCACUUUUCAGUGGGGAUCAAUGUCGUCGAGCUGGUUUCUAAAGCUGCUGAGCUCGGUAUCGCUAUAGCACAAGUCGUUCACCCUGGAAACAAGAUACUGGGCGGCUCCAGUAUCUUGGAUCUCCUGGACACAAUCAAUGAAUUAGCACAAGCAGGAGUGACGACAGCAAUUAUUGCCCAACUGAAUGACAGAGCUUUCCCAGAGUUAAUCGAAAAAGCCAGAAAUAUUGGAAAUGGGUUCAAAGACAAUGAAAGACAGUUAUCUGAAGCUAAAAAAUUGAUUGACGAACUAAAAGGUGGAAAGGAUGCUGUAGCAACUGCAAACAAUUUUCUGGGCAAAUAUAACGCUUACAACCCUAAAGUUCUGAAGUCGGACAUUACGUCGUAUGGUAAAAAGUGGGAAGUUGUCUCCGAUCAACUAUGUGAAGCAGCAUUUUCGUCAGGAACAGCCGCAGCCGCGUUGGGAGAAAUAGGACUAGCUAGCACUGGUGACUGUGUUAAGAUAAAAGUAAUCAUCGCCGAACUAAUAACCGUGUACGAAGAGUUAUAUGAUUAUCAAUUUGACCUUAUGGACUCUUUGUCCAAUGCUGCUCGAGCUUACCUCGCCUACAAGAAAGCCAACAAUCUUAAGCUUAUUUAUACGUCCGGAGCUCGCGUCGACAAAGCUUUCUUACAACAUACUGCUGUCAAUACCUUUAUGGUAUCAACAUUGAAUAUAUGGGAAGUUGUUACUGAAUACUGCGAUAUAUUAACUUACACCAGGGGUGGAAAGAUCCCUGAAAAAUGUGUAACAGCUAUGAAAACCCCGUCACACAACGCCGUAGCUCAAGUUCUUAGUUAUAUGCCUGCUGACCUGUGUCAAAGAUUCUAA